GACCAUCUAGGCGAACACGUGUAAUGAGAGAAUUCGCUUCUUCGUUGGUCUGAAACAACCUCAUUAUUACAAAAAGCCGAAGUAAUGGGUCGAAUGAGGCAGAGGCAUAACUGGAAGGCAAGAUUGCAGCCAGAGGCUUCGAAAAAGGACACGAAUUCAGCGCCUACUGAUGACCAGAAAGGUGUUUUGGAAAAGACUACGGUAGAUGACGACUACAAAUUUUCCCAUGACGAUUCCAACAUUCUCGUCGCCCCGAGUAAGAAAGGCAAGGUUAAGGUAGCCAUUAAGAACCCAAUUGAUAAGCGAAAGAAGCUAACAAAGAAACAACGAAAAAGACUGGAAAAAAUUGUCGAGACGAAGAAAAAGAAAGCUAAGCGAGCAGAAUUGCUUAAAGCGCUCUCCGAGUAUGCUGUCAGUGAUAAAGAGUUGUCUCAAAUGAGUUCUACGACUGAUCUAGGCCAGUCUAACACAACAAAGAAAAGAACGAUUUCGGAAGUUGAAGAAAGUGCAGCCAGAAAAGUAGUCAUCUCAAGUGUUCGCUGUGGUCGUAAAAAAGGCAAAAGACUGCGAUUAGAGAGAAAAGCCCUCGAUCCUGCUCCUGCUAAGAUUGCAAAGACGAUAGAGGAAGAAAUAGAAUUUGGAGAAUCAUCAGAAAGCGAAGAAGAGGAUGGAGGUAACCCCGAUUCGUUGCAGGAGGAGAAUCUACUCGCGGAAAGUUUACCUUUGAAUGAACAGACUACAGACAUAGAGGAAAAAGAUGAAAACAAAAGUGAUCGUUCAAAAUCUAAAGAGGAUGCAGGGGAAAAUUCUGCAGAAUCAACAGUUAAAACGAUCUCAGAGAAAGUGGAGACCGUAAAAAAGGAAUCGAAGCCGGCAAUUUUCAUGGAAGUAAAGAGGAACUCAGAAAUUCAGACUGCAAGGCUUCAGCUUCCGAUCCUCGCCGAAGAGCAAGCUGUUAUGGAAGCGAUCCACGAUAAUGACGUAGUUAUCCUUUGUGGUGAAACCGGAAGUGGAAAGACCACUCAAGUCCCUCAGUUUUUAUACGAAGGUGGAUACACUACACGAGGACUGAUUGGCGUGACAGAACCACGCCGGGUAGCUGCCGUGACAAUGUCACGCAGGGUAGCACUAGAGCUGAAUAUGAGUACCGAGCUGGUGUCUUACCAGAUUCGUUAUGAAGGUAACGUGACAGAAAAUACCAUCAUGAAAUUUAUGACAGAUGGUGUGCUACUCAAGGAAAUUGAAAAUGACUUUUUCUUGUCAAAAUACUCGGUCGUUGUGAUCGACGAAGCCCAUGAGCGAAGUGUAUUCACUGAUAUUUUAAUGGGACUGCUUUCAAGAAUAGUUCCAAUGCGUAAAACUCAAGGUAAACAGCUCAAACUUAUCAUCAUGUCCGCCACACUUCGUGUGGAAGAUUUUACGAGUAAUACGCGUCUUUUCUCCAUCCCACCCCCGGUGGUGACUGUGGAGUCCAGACAGUUUCCUGUCACUGUACACUUUAAUAAGAGGACGCCAGAUGACUACCUAAAUGAGGCAUUCCGUAAAGUUUGCAAAAUCCACCGCACCUUACCCCCGGGAGGGAUAUUGGUGUUUGUGACAGGUCAGGCCGAAGUGCACGGUUUAUGUAGAAAGCUGAAGAGAACAUUUCCUUGCAACCUGCGCAAGGAAAAUUCGAAACAAAAGGUGGAUGCGAGCGAUGAAAACUCAGGUGAUGAUGAAGAUCACUUCGAUCUUGAUAAUUAUUCCGUAAACCCGGCUGUGGAAGAUAGAGACGCUGAAGACGAAGAUCUUGGUGAAUACAACCUCAACGACAACGACAGCGAUAGUGAGUUUAAUCUCGACGACGGCGCGUUUACGCCGUCGAUCGACAAAAAUUUACCCAUGUUUGUUCUGCCGUUGUAUUCGCUUCUCUCGAGCCAACAACAAGCUAAGGUAUUUCAGCCACCCCCCGACGGGACUCGGUUGUGCGUCGUAGCGACCAAUGUAGCAGAAACGUCGUUGACAAUUCCCAACAUCAAGUACGUAGUGGACACGGGUAUGGUAAAGAGGCGUUAUUACGAUAAAAUCACUGGAGUGUCUUCUUUUAAAAUCACGUGGACAUCCAGGGCCUCAGCCAAUCAAAGAGCAGGUAGAGCUGGCAGAGUGGAGCCUGGACACUGCUAUCGUUUAUAUUCUUCGGCCGUGUUUACCAACGACUUUGAAGAGUUCUCAGCACCUGAAAUAUCACGUCGUCCAGUGGAAGACCUUGUGUUGCAGAUGAAGGACUUGAACAUUGACAAAGUAGUAAACUUCCCCUUUCCCACUCCGCCUGACCUAACAGCGUUGCAAAGCGCAGAGAGGUUGCUGUUAAAUCUAGGCGCGCUGGAGGAGAAGAAGACGAUGAAGGGAAAUGUGAAUGCAGUGAUCACUCCUCUUGGACGCGCCAUGGCUAAGUUUCCUGUGUCUCCGAGAUACGCAAAGAUGCUCUGCCUGGGGCAUCAGGAAAAUUGCAUGGAAUACGUCAUCGCUAUUGUAUCCGCUCUCACGGUGAAAGAAAUCUUUGCAGAUGACAACGACAAAGAAACGAGCCAGGUAACAAAGGAAGAUCGGCGAAAGAUAUCUCGCUUGCGGCGGACUUGGGCAGGCCAAGGUGACGCCCAGAAGCUCGGAGACGCGAUGGUUCUUCUUAGAGCUGUUGGGGCUUGUGAAUAUGCCGGCUGCACAGAAAAGUUCUGCUCUGAGAAUGGACUUCGUCACAAAGGAAUGAUCGAGAUCAGAAAGCUCCGUGCCCAGCUUACAAACUCGGUAAAUCUUGUCAAUGCUGAUGCAAAAGUGAUGCUUAACCCUCGGAUGAGCCCGCCAUCACCCGCCCAGUGCGUUGCCCUUCGGCAGAUAUGCCUAUCGGGCCUUUGCGGCCAUGUAGCCCGCAAGAACCCAACAGGAAAUGACCCCCAACGAAAGAAUGCUUACAGCUGCAUGUCCCUGGGUGAGCCUGUCUUCAUUCACCCAUCCUCUGCGCUCUUUGAAGUGUUACCAGAAUACGUGAUUUAUCAAGAAAUCGUCGAGACCUCAAAACUUUUUAUGAAAGGUGUUAUUGCUGUUGAGUCCGAUUGGAUCCCAAUUCUGGUCCCGAGUUUGUGCACAUUCUCCAAACCCCUCGAAAAACAUCCGCCUCGUUAUGACUCCGACUCUGGCGUCGUCAAGUGCCACAUGAAAUGUUCAUUUGGACCCAAGUCCUGGCAGGUGCCCCCACAGGAGCUUGAAUAUCCUGCGGGACUCGAUAGAUACAAGUGGUUUGCAAAGUUCUUGCUCGAGGGAAAAGUAAUCCCAGCAUUUGCAAAGUUUGUGCCAUUCCUGUUGUGCCCACCAGUUACAAUGAUCAAGUCCUGGGCAAAACUACAGCCGAGGACCGAAAUCCUACUAAGUGAACUUGUGAACGGGAAGGCCGAUAGCAAGAUUGCCCUUAUGGCCGCUUUAAAAAAAGAUCCGAAGUUUUUAUUAGCUACCCUGAAACAGUGGAUUCCUCAGAGCAAACAUAGCGAACUGACUUUAUCAUGGCCACCUAAAGACUAACACGACUCUAGCGCUGAGUUAGAACUGUCUUAAUUCGAGCUUUUGCGCUUUCCAAUUGCGCGAUUUUUAUUAAAUGUGUUGUUAAAUGUAGGGUUUCGCGUAGAACCGCGGUAAGAUGCAACCCAGACCAAAGGUCGCUAAUGAAAAUCGUUCAUGGGACAUAAAUACUUUGUUAUUGUUAACCAAACCUUUAUAGCCACUCGGAAUACAACAAUGUAGAAAAUGUUCCUAUUUAUUUACAACUUCGGUCGCCCGACCUCUCACAAAAAUUAAUUUAAAGUCGCUUAUCUAACAAGCAAGAAGUUUCAAUGCGGGCUCUUUCAUAUUUACCUAUAAUUACAAUAGCUUUUACUUUAUAAAUAAUAAAUUAA